GUGAAACACCGUGGAUGGAUGAUCCCACUGCAUGGAGGUGGAUGCUGCGGAUGCGACCGCUCUGGCUAUGAACAAAGUUUGACGGCUGCGCUGAAGGUCUUCCUGGAAGAAGGCGUGGACGAUUAUGACUUGUGAUGUUUUUGACAUUUAUACUUUGACAACCGCUCCUGCUGCAGGGGAAAUAAAUGCACAUGCAUUCUACAAACUGCUCAAGCUCAUUAAAUCUAUUUCUACAAUACUGGCCCCAACUGCUCCACCACCUACUAGUACUACAACUACUAGGUGGACGUUUUCUGUGAUUUUUCUUCUUCUUGUUCCACCUUCAUAUUAUAUUUAUAGUUCUUGUUCCUGUUCCACUCAGGAGUCCCAGGAGUUAAUUAUAGAUACUGAGUUAAAAACACAUUCUUUCCUACGUCUAAUUGCAAGGCAAUGUCGAUUAUGUUUUGAUGGAAACGAGUGGUGCUGAGGAUCCGGCUAGGAUUUGCGGCAUGAUGUCAGAGAGUUUCGGAGCUUUGUACAGGGUUCGUUUGGACAUGGUCCUUUGCGUCAUUGACUCCUCUGAAGUAUUCAAUUAUACUCCGGAAAAGCUAGAACUGGUCUCUGCCCAACUAGAGCAGGCAGAUUUGGUGGUUCUGAAUCGUUUAGACGACGUGUUGCAGGGGAGAGGAGGGGUGUGCACGGAAGUUGUGGACGACGACGAUUUAGAUUUGGGUUCCGGUAGUGGUAGCAGUGUGCUAGGAGGACCAGGAGGUCCUCUAGGUCGAGGAUUUUUGGGCCUCCCCCUAAUGCCACCAGGUGCGCCUUUAGCUAAGCAAGAGGAACGACAGCGAUCGAAUUUAGCCACUGCGAUUUUGGAGAAGAUUGGAUGGGCCGGACCGCAUUUACUUGGCGGUCCCAUGUUUAGCGAUAUUCCGAUUACGAGAGUUCUAGCCGUAGCAAGUACGAAGGAUCACAACCGAAAUGAAGUGGUCUCCCACGAGCAAGACGACACUCUAAAGGUGUUGGACCCGUAUUUGGAUGAGUUUGGAAGUAGUCGUGACGGAGUAAGAGAAAGAGGAGAAGGAGGAGACAAAAAUCCGUUCUUUAAUGCGGGGAGUCUUGAAGGCUUCUCUGGUGGAGGAGGAAGUUCUUCAUCAUCUACAACAACAACUAUAGGAGCAGGCAAUCAAGAGACCGGGAGAUCGUCUUCUGGUACAACAACUUCGUUCGGAACCAUAAGUUUCGAGCAUACCGACAACCCAUUCUCUCCUGAAGCAGUGCUCUACUUCAUUCAAGGCUUACGAGCAAAAUGCGGUACCAGACUCUGGCGAGCAAAAGGUGUCUUUUGGAUCAGACGAAAUCUUAGAGAAGAAAAGUGGAUCUGGAACCUGAGUGGCGAUUAUAGGAUAGACCUUCUGCGAGAGGAUUGGGAACAUGGUGUCAAUAGGUACUCGAAGCUGGCAUUGAUAGGGUUAGAGUUGGAGAAAACAUUUAGAGAAGAACAACUGAAGGAAGAUUUCUUGGGCGCUGCUUCAUCAUCUCGAAUACAAGAACAAGAAGACAUAGAAGUUGCACCAGUAGGAAAAGAAGACGUCCUCGAAAGGAAUAGCACGAUCUUUGAAGAGAUAUCACCCUCUUCUUCUACGGAGGACAAGGAGUCUGCUUGUCUCCAUUUCCGCAUCAACAUCCGUCAUCUUUUCCCCCAUCGCACAGAGAGUUCUGAUGCCGAAUUCCUAGCCAAAACUGGAAAGUCUGUCGCCACUUUCCCUUACGCCUUCGCCCAAGAGGUGUGCUCUUCGUAUAACAGACGGCGACGAAACGACUCUGUGCUUGUUGCUGUGAAUGAUGCUGAUUCUGAUUUAGCGGACGAAAACGGAGAAAAUAAUGCAAUGGGUGUCUUUAUCACACUUUCAAGCUUCAAUGAUUGGCGCAACCUCGAACAAGACGCAAGAAAAACGGCACUCCAUGAAUUCCGGUUUAUCAAACUCUAAAGGUUGCGAUGCUCUCAACAUCUUUAAACUCCCCUUUAUCCCAUUCCAUCCCAUCAAGCAAACAUACAAAUUUUAGACCUAAC